UAUUAAAAGUAUUAAUGUAAUCUUUAGGUAUCACAAACAACAAAACUGCUGGCAAAUGCAAUUUAUUCACUCUUUAAAUUAUAGUUCACCAGAUUUUUUUGGACUGCAUAAUGUCUCGGGUGUAUCAAAUUUUUAUUGUGUGCAAAACGUUCCCACAUCACAAGGUUUAAUUGGUUUAAGUAAACCUGCAAUUACUGAAAAUUCAGAAAAAGUUCAAGUAAUACCAAUCAUAGAUUUUGCAACUGAAAAUAAAGAUAAUAAUAAAUUUGAAUCUUUUUCAAUUCAAGGACAUUCUUCUGAACCUGCAAUCAUUGUUAGUGACAUUAAAACUGUGGAAAACUCUUCAAUUAGCAGUCAAGUUAAAAGUCCAUCUAAAGAACUUCAGAGUAGAUCUGCAAUAAAUGAUAAAACUGACUAUGUAUUUAACUGUAUUUCUUCAAACACUGAUAGUUCAAAUGCUCCAAAUGAUAGUUUUGUUCAAGGAAGUAACACAGAGAUUCAAACAAAUUUUGUCGUAAAAGCAACAGACCAAAAUACCAAAAAACGUCAUUUACAAAAUGACAGCUCAGAGUUGGGAAAAAAAGAAGAAGUGUUGCCGACAAAAAAAGUUGCUUUACGAGAAAACACAACUUCUACUGCUCCGUUAUUAUUGAUGCAGAAACUACUUCGCGGGGAAUCAGAUUUAAAACUACCAAUAGAUCCCAAGUCUUGGAACGUUAAUGAUGUACGAAAAUACUUUGAAUGGUUAGUAAGUGUUUUGGGGACAGAAAGGCCACUUAUUGACUACCCUCAGUUUGUAUUUGAUGGGAAACUUCUUUUUAAAAUGCGAAAAAGAAACUUGCAACCAUUGUUUCCUGAAUCAGCUGUUGAUCUCAUAUGGAUGCACAUUGAAGCAUUAAAGUUUGCAAGUGUAACAAGUAUGAAAAGUUUUUCUUCGGCUGGGAGAUCAAAUGAUCAUUCUAUAACAACAUCAUCAGGAGGAAGCGGUGGCGGUGGACAAAUCCAGCUGUGGCAGUUCCUUCUAGAACUACUAACUGAGUUAAACAUUAGUCACAUUAUUUGUUGGGAGGGAGAUGAUGGAUCCUUUAAGUUAGUUGACCCAGAACGUGUUGCACAACUUUGGGGAGAAAGAAAAAAAAAACCAAACAUGAAUUAUGAAAAAUUAAGUCGAGCGCUACGUUACUAUUAUGACGGAGAUUUGAUUCAUAAGGUAAAUGGAAAGAGAUUUGUCUAUAAAUUUGUGUGUGACUUAAAGAUGCUAAUAGGCUAUACUCCGAGUGAAUUGAGUCGGCUAGUCGCUGGUGGUACAAAUAAUUUUUAAAGCUUUUAUAUUUAAAAGUUGAAUGGUUAAAGUAUAAAAUUACUAAAUCAAUAUUGAACGAGCAAAAUAAACGAGCAAAUUUUUAAACUUUUGAUACCCCACGGCAACAAAGUAUUUUAUUACUAUAUAGUAGUUUGUUUUUUAAUAAUGAUGAUAUUAAAGAAUAAAUUAUUUGAUAAGUUUUUUGAAUUGUAAAUGAGAAAUUUUUUAUGUACAUAUAUUUUUUUCUAUUUUUUAUUUAAAUGAAUCUUUUUUGUUACAAAAAUAAAUCGUAAAAAUGUAUAUUUUGAGAAUAUAAACUUUUAGAUUUUCGAA